AUGUGUGAACGGGGGGCGAAUUUUGGCGCCGACGCUCCGUUCCGGAGCAAUCUCGGGGACACCUCAAUCCGUGCAGUGUCCCAUUCGCUGCUCCGACCACUUUUUUCGCUUGAUUUUGUGCCGGGUCGGUCAUUUCGUAACUUUUUAUCGAGCUCCUUCUUAUAAUUUCAUGCGUUUCAAGCCAUAUUUUCUGUUUAUUGUUUCGUUUUUCGCUUCAGGUUUUGAUUUGUGGAAUCUUGUUUUGAAGUAUGUUUUGAAAAAAUGUCUCGGAGUUUUUUUUUUUUCAUCUAGUGUCUAUUUAAGAAUUUUCCGAAGCUGUUUUUUUCUUCCGUUUUAAAGCGCUUUUUCUGAGUUUCAAAUCAGUUCAUAUACCAAUUUCAACACGAAAUUGCUCCGAAAUUCUUUAAAUCAGCAUUUUUUCCGCUCUGAAUAUUUUUUUUCUUCGUGACUUUUCACCAUCAAAUUCCUCAGCAAUUUUUUUUUCAUCUUUUUAAGGUCAUUUACUUUUUUUUUCGUAGCUUUAACGUGUAGUUUUGGCUUUUCCAAAUAUGGAUUAAUGUUUCGAUGCAUGUUCCUUUUUUUUUCCCCAUCAAAAUAGCUUUAAAGAUUUCCCAAAGUAUGUUUUUUUUUAAUUUUUGAAUCAACUUUUUUCACUUUAGUUUCGAAAUCCUUUUCGAAACUCUUCGGAGCAAACUCGGGAACAUGUCCCAUUCUUCGCUCCUUCAUUAUUCCUGACAAAAAUCGAUAAACUGCCGAGUAAAGAACGCCUUUCCGCGUCGAAAAAAGAAUCCUCUUUAUUUGAUCGGAGACGAGAGAGUGUGAAACGUUCAGAGCUCGCCAGACACGAGAUUUCCCGCGCGUUCCACUUUUUGAAUCCUUUUCUUUCUUUUCUCCUAAAUUUUAUCGCUUUAUUCGCGUUUUAUAUGAUAAUUUUGAGUGGAAGUUUAUUAAAACCGUUUUUUCAGGGUUCCAAGUCGAUUAUAGUCCGUUUUGUACACAAAAAUGGCCGACAUGGAACACGACGGAAGCGCUGAUCCCGGUAAAACUUCAAGAUUUUUUUAAAUAUAGUUUUUUAAAAAAAGUUAAAUUAAAAAGAAUUCUCGGCUUUUAACAGCCCGAACUUUUUCUCAGUUUGCCAUUUUUUUGAAAGAACAGAUAUAUAUAUAUAUAUAUAUAUAUUUUUUCUAACAAUGUCUUACGAAUUUGAGCACUUUGAGGUUUCAAAUGGUCCUAGGAUGUUUUUAAAAUUAAUUAGGUCUUUAAAAAAAUCAAUUAAUUCAUCAAAACCACCUUUUUUUAUUGUAUUUUGUUACGAUAAAUCAAAAAUUUUUUUAUGUAUUUUUUUCAAAAUGAAUAAGUUCAGAAGAGUCCAUGGAAGACGACUCGAUGAACACCGAGGGCAACGAAGACGAGGAUACUGUAGAUGGUGUCGAGGACGACGAAAUGGACGCCGAGGAUACGGUAGCCUCAAGUGCGACCCCAAGCGAGAAGAAAAAAUCGUCGAAGAAGUCAAGGAAAGGCGGCAGCAAGAAGAGCAAGAAGGGCAAGGUAAUAACUUUUAAAAAAAACUUUUAGAAGACUUUGAACUUCUCCCGGAAGAUUUUUCAACCAGAUUUUUUUUAGAAUAAAAAGCUUUGAAUUCAGAUGGACCACCCCGACCCUUCCCUGGCCACUUCGGAGGAAAUGUGCGCCGCCAUCGGCCUCAACGAUGUCACUAUCGAGUUCACCGAAGAAGAUUAUACCGGCAUAACUAGCCUUAAAGUUUCAAAUCAACUAUUUCAAUGGAUAAUUUUUAUUCUCCAGAGCUUCAUGAACCGAAUCCGUCCGGAGGUUCUCAGGGCCAACCCGACGUCCAACGUCACCAAAGUCUAUCCCCUGAUGCAAGUGAAAUACCGGGAGUUCCAAGAGGAAUUGGCCGCCCAGGGUAGACAACUCGCCGUUAAGAAGCCGGUCAAGUGAGUAUUUUGGUGGAAAAAACGAGAAAGAAUAUGUAUUUUUGAUUGAAGCGUUAUAUAUAGGCGGGUCGAAAAAGGCUUCAUAGAAAUGUUCCUUUUUUGCUGCCUUUUUGCGCCAUUUCCUCGGUUCUUAUGCACCAUUUUCGCUUCCUCUUAACAUCAUUUUUGAGCCUUUCAAAGCCCAGAAAAAAAAAAAUGGCAGGCUCGAUAAAGGGUCUUUUUUCUGCCUUUUUUGAGCCUCUUACUUUUAGCAGCCAUUUCCCACCCUUCUGACUUACCCAAGUCCUUUAAUUGUGCCCUAAAGAUACAUAUUUUCUAAGGAUUAUGCUCUAUUAGUUGAGAAAAAGGACUUUUGAUCCAAAGAUUAGGCUUUAUUAAAGAAGAUGGGAACCUUUUAGAAGAUCCUUGCCUUUCUUUGCCAUUUUUGUAGACUUGUCAAUUUUCUUCUUAUGUUUCGAAGUCGAACUAGGAAGAUUUUUUUGAAGAACAUGCUCUUUUUAGUGGAUUAAUAGGAAAAAAAAUAGGCUGCAGAAAAUUUUGGAAACGGCGUUGCUAACAGUAGGUAAACUUUACGGAAAAAUAAUUUAUUUCUAUAUUUUUGAAGUAUUUUUCACGUACUGUGGCGACUGUAUGAGUUUGCCUUUAUUUUUUCAGUUUCAUGGGGUUUUACUCGUUUUUGAGAAUUUUCCAAAGAUUGAAACUAGAUUUUCUGUCAAGUUUCCCCUCAAGGUUUAUUUUUGAACGGCUCUGUAAUUUUUUAUCAAGUUAUCCUGAGAUUGUAUGAGCACAUUUCAUCAAAAUUCUAUAAAAAAAGAUUUUUGAUGCAAUUUUCAAAAAAUUUUAUCUCUUUACGCUGAAAAAGCAUCAUAUCGAAUAUAGAAAGUACUAAAUUUCCCAAUUUUUCCCUUUUCUCAGAGCUGCUCCACCUCCCAAAGCGCCAGCCGCUCCGGCCGGUUCCGGAACUCCUGGCGCCGAAAAACCCAUUGCUCCGAUCAAAAUCCGAAUUUCCACGAGGAAGAAGCGACGCGAGGAAUCUGACAAUGAUCGUUAGUUUUCAAAAAAAAAAAGAAGCGUGAAAUUCCUCAUUUUUCCAGAAGACAGUGACCAGGAGUUCGAAGCUCUGAUCAAGCAGCACGAACGGCAGCAGGAUGAGAUCGAGAGAGACAAGGAGGAACGCAGAGCCAGCAGGUUGAGAGACGAAAAAGAAUGAUCGUGCUGAAAGGAGAGAUUCAGACAAGUCGCCCGGCAGGACAAGAAGAAACAGGCGCUGGAGCAGGCCAAGGCGAACAAGAGGGCCAAGAAGGCCAAGGGAGAAGAGGAGGAGGUGAAUAUUUUCGGGGGUUUUGAGAGAUUUCAAGGUAGAAUUUGUUAAGUAAAAGGAAAAUUUUGGAAUUUUAGGUACUAUUUUUCAAGGUUCCUGUGCAGUUUUAGAGCUUUUUUUCGAUGAUUUUUUUAUGUUAAAAAAAUAUUUUUUUACCCCUCCCCCAUUUUUUUCUUACCAAACAUUCUUUGUUUUUUUAGGUUUUUUUGAGGUUUUUUUAACAUUUUGUCAGUUUUAUGAAGCCUAGGGCAUUUUUUUCCACCAAGCGGUCUUUGUUUUUUUACCCCCAAUCGAAAUUUGCCUUAGUGGGGGUGAGUACUUGUUUGGACGGGGAUGGGUGAGUAUUUUCGAAUUUUCUUUGAGGUUUUUAACAUUUUGUCAGUUUUGUGAAGCUCGUUAAAAAAGGUUUUUAGGAUGAAAGAACCGAAAAAUAUUGAGUUUAUCGACGGAAAUUAAUAAUAAUAAUCAUGAUUUUCAGCACAACGACACUUGCGAGAUCUGCAAGCAGACCGGAGACGUGAUCCUCUGCGACACCUGCCCCAGGGUCUACCACUUGGUCUGCAUCGACGAGAACAUGGAAGCCGUGCCGGAGGGCGAAUGGAGCUGCCCCCAUUGCGAGGAACACGGACCGCCGCCCCCGCCCAAGGAGGAGGAGCAGGCCAAACAGAACAUCGACUACUGCAAGACCUGCAAGGUGCUGGACAAAAUUUGGAGGGAAAUUGCUGCGCGCAGGUCCUCAGAUAGUGUGUGGGACGUGGAGAGUACCAUUCUGGCCUCUCCAAGUUUACCGUGAUCUCUGAAAUGUAGAAGAAUAGAACUUGUGCCAGAAAGUAUACGUUUUUUGCCUGAAAAAUGAUUAUAUUCAGGAAACCGGCUCCCUGCUCCUCUGUGACGGCUGUCCCAACUCCUUCCACGCCUACUGCCUCAACCCGCCCCUCAAGGAGAUCCCCAAAGGCAAUUGGAACUGUCCCAGAUGCAUGCUGGCCGAGCCGCCGCAGAGAAUCGAGAAAAUCCUCUGCUGGCGCUUCGUCGACAUCCCCUAUCCGGAGCCCGAGGCGGUCAGCCAGGAGGAAAUCGAAAACGGCGUCGUACUGCUCCGGCCCACGCGCAAGAUGGAGCCCCGACGCGAGCGCGAAUACUUUGUCAAAUGGCGAUUCUUGUCCUAUUGGCACUGCGAAUGGGUCAACGACCUCCUCAUGGAGACCUUCUUCUCGGCGGUUUGAAAAUCUUUCUGCUAAAAAUCAAUCGGAAGUUUUUCAGCUCCUGAGAAUGUACUGGAGGAAGUACGACUCGGAGAAUCCGCCCAUUUUCGACGAGUCCACCCUCCAGCGCCAUCACAAGGACAAUGAUCCGUUUGAGCUCCGCGAGAAGUAUUAUCAGUACGGCAUCAAGCCGGAAUGGAUGCAGGUGAGAAGAGAGACGGAAAAAGUCGAAAGAAAGCUUUUUAUUGGAUUUUGAUUCAAAUAAAGACAGAAGCGAGAUUGAAAUAGGAAGCUCAAAAAAAAAUUUCAAGUAGGUAAGAAGAAAAGGGCCUAAAAAGUGAUAUCUGAUUCAAGCACAGAGAAAAAAAUCAAGUGGCCACUUAAGAGGUCCCUCAAGGAUCGCUUGGAGAGGACACUUGAGUGACCAAUAAAACCACUGAAGCCACCAUUUUGCGUUUCAGUAGCCACUAUACGAGAUUUAAACGAUCUAGUAGUAUCACUCAGACUUUUAAAGGGACUACUGAAAUUUAGGCACUUAAGUGGCCACUUAAACAACCCUAAAGAAGCCACGACUCUAGGGAUCACUACGCUAGAUUUUAAUGGCCUAGUAGUGUUACUCUGACUUUUUAAGGAGACUAAGCCACUCAAGUGAUCACUAGAAUCUCAAAACCCUAAAGUGGUAACUCAAAAAAAUUCCUCUGUAGACUAUUCAGUUUCUGAGAAAAAAAACCGUUUCUGAGCAAAGUUUCAAACUUGCAGAUUUUUUUUUUUGAAUUGAAAAUAAGUUUUUUAAGCGAAAUGGGUACUUUUAACACGGUGAGUUUAGCAAAAAAUGACUUGAUAUGGGUUUUUCGAGUUAGAAUUGAGAUUGAAUAAAACAUCAAAAUCAUUUCCUUCAGAUCCACCGUAUCAUCAACCACAUGCAGUACAGUAAAUCACAAUUUGAUUACCUGAUCAAAUGGAAGGAACUUCCUUAUGAACAGGUAAAAACUCUCGAAAAAAUGAGCAAAAAAAGGGGAUUUUUUCAAGGCAACCUGGGAACGAGACGACAUGAAAAUUGCCUACUACGAGGAGGCCAUCAGCAAAUAUUGGCUUCAUCGGUUAUUUGAUUAUAGUUACCUUAAUUAACAUAUAAUUAACUUUUAGGCAAAAUAUGUUUGGUGAAAUCAUCCCCAAACACGUCAGGGCGGUCAUCAUAAGCUUCCGCGAGGCGAAAAACUUGUCGGCCGUCGAAUUCUUAGAAAAGGGCGACGAACCGGCCAGGAAGAAGAAGCGCGACAAACCGACUGUCGAUGUAAAAUUUGGCUUGGAUUUGUGGGAUUUGGAAUGGCUCGCGAGGCGGAGCGGUCGCGCUGCGUUUCAAGAUUUUUUUUACAGCCCUUUUCGCGAUUUUUCAAGGGUUCGAAGUAAGCCUGUGUCUAGUAUCAUAUAGAAGUCAUAUUUGAAGUCCUGGUUUAGUUGCGCCCGACCUUGAGCGACUUUCUGCCUUUUCGUGAUCAAAAAUGUAGUUCUUAUCUCGCCAUAACUUUUUGUACAGACCUUUUUCGGAUUUUUUGACCCCAAUAGUAAGAUUCAAAGCGAAAACCUGCUUUAGUAUCAUAUAGAAGUCAUAUUAGAAUUCCUAGUUCAGUUGCGCCCGACCUUGAGCGACUUUCUGCGAUUUUGUGAUCAAAAAUGGGGCUCAAAUCUCGCCAUAAUCUUGUGUACGGACCUUUUUCGGAUUUUUUGACUCCAAUAGUAAGAUUCAAAGCGAAAACCUGCUUUAGUAUCAUAUAGAAGUCAUUCACAGAGCCUCUGCGCCCGACCUUGAGCGGCUUUCUGCGUUUUCCCGAUCGAAAAUGAAGCUCCAUUAUAGGUAUAAAUGUUUUUCGCAGACCUUUCUCGAAUUUUUUGACCCCAAAUGUAGGAUUUAUAGUGAAAACCUGAAUAUAUAAUCAUUUAGAAUUCAUGCUCAAUGCCCUAAUUCAGUUGCGCCCGACCUUAAGCGUUUUUUUUUUCUGCCUUUUCACGAUGAUUUUUCAAUCCUGCCAUAACUUUUUGUACACGUUUUUUUGAGAUUUUUCGAUCCUAUAUUCGAACUCACCGUAAAAAUCUGUGUCUAAAAUCAUGUAGAAGUUAUAUCAAAAGUUGAGACCGGUUCCUAGGUGCGCCCGAAUUUGAGCGACUUUCCGUCUGUCCACUAAGAAAAGUUGAAUAGUCGUGAGCCAUUCCGAAUGCGUCCCUGGACCGUUUCUGCAAAAUGCAAAGUUUUCCUUCAGAUCAAGAAAAAGUACGAGGUUCAACCGGAUUACAUCACGGAAACCGGCGGAUCCCUUCACCCUUAUCAGUUGGAAGGUUUCCUGAAACUCUAGAAAAUUUCAGUAAAUCGAUUAUUCAAGGUAUCAACUGGCUCCGGCAUUGCUGGGCCAACGGAACCGACGCGAUUCUGGCCGAUGAAAUGGGCUUGGGUAAAACUGUCCAAUCGUUGACGUUCCUCUACACCCUCCUCAAGGAGAACCACUCGAAGGGACCCUUUUUGGUGGGUUUUUAAGAAGGUUCUUCUCCGGUGACUUUUCUAGAACCAAAAAAUGAUGUUUUUCUGCUUCGAGACGCCUUAAAAAUUGAAAAAACGAAGCUAAACGGUCAUUUUUGGUUGUAAAUGAGCUGAACUUGAAACAGUAGUAAGUUGAGAUUUUCAGAUCCCUUUUGGCGCUAGGAACUUUGAAAAUCUAGGAAAAGGUACCAAGGAAGAAAAAUAUUAGAGUUGAAGCUUCCAAAGAGCUUUAGAGUAAAAAAUUAUAGUUGAAGCUUCCAAAGAGCUUUAUAGUAAAAAAUUAUAGUUGUAGCUUCCAAAGAGCUUUAUAGUUUCAAAUUUUGAAUAGUUUUCAUUUUUUCAACACUUCGAGAACCGUUUUUCAACUUCUAAUGUAGGAAUUAGGAACCGUUUUUUAAGAAUUAUAAGAAUAAAAAUGUUGGUUCGUAUUUUUGAUGAGGUUUGGAUGAUUCUUGUGACCCCUUCACAUUUCUAACUGUAUUUUUCUCAACUAAUAUUAGCUACAUGUGAAAAAUUAUGAGUUAUUUGAAGAUUCAUUUCAUUCGCAACGAAAACUUUUCAUUGAAACUGAGGUGAAUAAAAUAAAAAAUCACGAAUUUCUAGCCCACGGCGUUCACAAACGGGCUGGGGAGACGUCAAAAAAAUUUGGCGCGAAAUUUGAAAUAUCAAGUACGCAGCCAAAGGCGAUCGAAUAAACAAGUUAUUAACGUUGAAUACUCAGUGUAAUUGGUACGUAGAAUGACGUAUAUUUAUACUAUUUUUUCAAUUCAAAAACUUUGACGCCUCGCUCACCUUCCCCCACCCUACUAGGAAUGCCGUGCACUUUGAAAAGUGCAAUUACCGGGACUAAUAAUAUCCCGCUGAGCUCUUGAAGCGUUGAAAUAUCUUUUUCUCAUGCGGAAAAUGAUCUGUAACCCUUUAGAUCGCGGCUCCUCUCUCCACCAUCAUCAACUGGGAGCGAGAAGCUGAACAAUGGUGUCCUGACUUCUACGUCGUCACUUACGUCGGAGACCGAGACUCUCGAGUAGUGAUUCGAGAACACGAGUUUUCUUUCCUCAAUGAUGCCGUCAAAGUAAAGAAAAAAGCUCGAAAACCCAAAUUAUCGUGGAAAUUUGAAGGGAGGAGUGAAAACCUCGAAAAUCCGAACACAGGAACACAUGAAGUUCCACGUCUUGCUCACCUCCUACGAAUGUAUCAACAUGGACAAGCCGAUCUUGUCCUCGAUCGAAUGGGGCGCACUUGUCGUCGACGAGGCUCAUCGCUUGAAAAACAAUCAAUCGACUUUCUUCAAGAACUUGAGGUUCAUUAGGAAGAUUUUGAAUGUCAAGUCGUCGCUCAAGCUCCGCCCCUACUGGCGCGGUAAACUAAUCAAGAGAGCGAGCCUUCCACGGAGCUUUUCGGAAUGACGUCAUUUUACUUGACAUUCACAUUCUGAACAAAUUAUAAAAUUGUUCAGAUUUUGAAAAAUUGUAGGCAUUUUGAUGAGCUUGGAAGGUUGAAAAAUAGUGAUUUGAGAAGUUUUUUUCAAAAAUAAAAAAGUAACAAGACUAGGAGGAAAUGUUAGUUAUCUUUAACAACCCCUACAGGUCAAGAAAUUUUGGAAAAAUUUUAGAAGACCAUCAAAAAAUUUUGGAAGACCCCUAUAGGGGCCACUAGAAAUUAAGGGGCUAAGGGGUAAGAUCCUAAACCCCUUGAGGGAACACUUGAAGUUUACUUCUAUAGGAACCACUUUUACGAGCUGUUUUCCCCCUAACCUCUGUAGGGACCACUCUGGACUUUCUAAGUAGCUUCAAAAAAAGCUUCUGAAGACUUGAAAAAAAAAAAAUCAAGCUCCAUUUUUUUCCAGAGAAUACAAAAUCGGCUAUCGUGUCCUUCUCACGGGUACUCCCCUGCAGAACAACCUCGAAGAAUUGUUCCAUUUGCUCAAUUUCCUGGCACCUGAUCGAUUCUAGUGAGUUUUGGAGCUUUUUCCUUAAUUAACUUGUUACUUAUAGUUAAUGAAAAAUACUGAAACCAUGAUUUUCAGUGACCUUGAAUCGUUCACCCGAGAGUUUGCGGAAAUCUCCAAAGAGGAUCAAAUCCAAAAGUUGCAUUCCCUACUGGGACCUCACAUGCUGCGUCGUCUCAAGGCUGAUGUCUUGACUGGGAUGCCUUCCAAGAGCGAAUUGAUCGUCCGAUUGGAGCUUAGUCCUCUCCAGAAGUUGGUGGAAACGUGAAAAAAGCGGAAACCAAAAAAAAUGGCCUGAAACUUUUCAUAUCUAGGAAUCAAGUUCAAAAAUAGCCUAAAAAUGACAGCUUAACCAGGCUCCGUGAGCUCUUUUUGACCGGGAAAAUUUUUGUUAAUUUUGAGGAACAGGUUUUUUUUGCUCGUAAUGGAAUGGAACUAUUAUUUCCUAGUUUUUUUCGAGUUUGGAUGGAUUUUCUAAGAAAAAUAGGUUCUAUUUGUGAAGCUUGCGCUCUUUUUAAAUGAGAAAUCAACAGCUCACUUAAGUGGUCACUAGAAACGCCCGAGAGAGAAAGAAAGAAUAAUUUAGCAUUGGAGCGCAUUUGAAGAGACCUCUCGGAAGUUCUUUCGAUAAUUUUAACUCCGAUAUUGGUACCGCGAAACGGACGUUCCUGGGCAAUUCUAGGGAUCACUUAAGAGCGCUGAGGCUACUAAAGGGGACACUAGAAAUGGCCCGACAUUCGCGUCCCGUUUGCGUUACCAUGUUUCGCAUAGAGUUAGGCCUCAAAAUGGGCCUUUUUCGGGUUCUGAUAGGGCAAAUGUCGGUUUUUUGAGAUUCAAGGGUGUUUCUAGGAAUAUUCUUAGAGAUUUUAGAUUCAUAAAGUCAAAUGACUUUUUAGGAAAUACUACAAGAACAUUCUGACGAAAAACUUCGACGCGUUGAACGUGAAAAAUGGCGGAACUCAAAUGUCGCUGAUCAACAUCAUCAUGGAGCUGAAAAAGUGCUGCAAUCAUCCAUAUCUCUUCGUCAAAGCGUCGAUGGAAGCCCCGAAACUCAAGAAUGGAAUGUAAGAACCUUCUGAACCAAAAAAAAACUCAAAAUCAUGAAUUUCCAGGUACGAAGGCACGGCCCUGAUCAAAAACGCCGGCAAAUUCGUCCUCCUACAGAAAAUGAUGCGGAAACUGAAGGAGGAAGGCCAUCGCGUCUUGAUUUUCUCCCAAAUGACCAUGUAUCUUGAUUGAUUAUGGAGGAAUUGUACUCAUUUUUGUGAUUUUUAGGAUGCUCGACAUCUUGGAGGAUUUCUGCGAAGUCGAGAGCUACAAGUACGAGAGAAUCGAUGGAAGUAUCACGGGACAGGCUCGACAGGACGCGAUUGAUCGAUUCAAUGGUGAAUAUUGGACUUCUUUAAGCUGGUACUUGAGUUUUAGAAGCACUUGUUAAGGUCCUAACUCGAGAUUUAGUUUUUAAUGGAUUUUUGGGUAUAUGGUAAUCGGGCCGCGAAAAUCGAGCCUGCGAAAACCGAGCCUCCAUUUCUAAACUAUUUCUUUUUCUCUGUUCGUCUCGCCCCGUACAAAAGGCGGCUCGAUUUUCGCAGGCUCGAUUUUCGCGGCCCGAUUAUCAUAUACCCGGAUUUUUGACCGGUUUUUCUAUCUUGCUUCAUAGAUUUUAUAGCCCUCAAACCGAAUUUGUAGUUUGGUUUUGAAAUUAAGGGUUCAACCUCUGAAACUAAGAAAUUUAGGUUUUGAACAAUUUUUUUUCUAAUUUUCUAUGUAGCUUCCCAUUGUGGGGUCUUGAAAUGUUCCGAUCAAAAAGAAUUUUUUUCAAAAAGCACCCUUAAAAUAUUUUUGAUGAAGAUGACCUUAUUCAUUAGGCUCCUGAAUUUUUGUAUAUAUUUUUUAGUUUUACAUUGUAAAGGACCCAUUUUGUUUCAGCUAUGAUUAGAAACUUCAGAUUGGUCCCUGUAGGGGCAAUUUUAAAGGCCCAAUCCGCCAACCCCUAUAGGGUUCACUGAAGCUUGCGAAAGUGAUCCCUAAAGGGGACAUGCUAGUCGAAAAUUUAAUGAACUAGAAGAAGUAUUUCCAUGCGAAAUAAUUUUAAAAAAACCUUUUUUGAAUAAAAAAUUAAACGACCCCUAUAGGGAACACUUGAGCUUUAGGUGCUAAGGGGUCAGAGCCCUAACCCCUAUAAGGACCACUUUGCUCUCACCCCAUAGGGACCACUUUUUCGGUCCCUUUAGGGCUGUUUUCCUCCUAACUUGAUCGCCUCAGCUUCAGUUCACUAAAUUGGUCGAUUAGAACUGUAGUUUUUGGAUUUUUGAACCUUUUUUUAUUAUAAAAAUGGAAAAAAAAUUAGAAGCAGAAGUUCAAUCCGAUUUUUCAGCCCCUGGAGCUCAACAGUUUGUCUUUUUUGCUCUCCACCCGCGCCGGUGGUCUUGGUAUCAAUUUGGCGACUGCUGACACCGUCAUCAUAUACGAUUCUGAUUGGAAUCCCCACAAUGAUAUCCAGGUUCAACGCAAUAAAUAAAGAAAAACCCAUUAAAAAUACUCUUUCAAGGCCUUCUCCCGUGCCCAUCGUAUCGGACAGCAGAACAAGGUGAUGAUCUACCGAUUCGUCACUAGAAACUCGGUGGAAGAGCGCAUCACGACGGUGGCCAAGAAGAAGAUGUUGCUGACCCAUUUGGUCGUCCGAGCUGGCCUCGGCGGACAGAAAGGAGGGUCCAGCAUGAGCAAGUCGGAGCUCGAUGAUGUGUUGAGGUGCUGAGAAUGGGAAAAUGACAUUUUGUAGAGUUAAGUUGAAUAAUGGGUUUUUUUGAGCUUUUUCUUCAGUGUGGUAGUGGAUUUUUUGAAAUUUUGCUGGCUUUUUAGGUUGAAAAAGGACUUUUUUUUAUAACUUUUCUGAAGAUUGGUAGCCAAUUUUAUGAAACUGAACAUAUAAAUCGGUUCUCGAUGAUUUUUGUGGGUGCUGAGAAUGACAAAAACCACACUUUCUUGAAUUUGUAAGUCGAAAAAUGGGGGUUCUUGAGCUUGUUCUCAGUAGGAUAGUAGGUUUUCAGAUUUUAACAGUUUUUCAGCUUAAAAAUGAUUUUUUCAACUUCUUUCAAGUCUGAUAGAGAGUUUCCAUUAAUCAAUUGAGAGAAAUGGUUUCCAUGGAGAUUUUUUUCCUGGUUUUUCCGAUUGAUAUAAAACUUUAAGGUCAUGAAAAUAGUUUUUAUGUAAUUUUCUAGUUUUUUUGUGAUUCUUUUUCAUAGUUUCAAAAGUUUCCUGAGCUUUUUUUAAGGUUGUGGAAGGAUCUUUUUAAAUAGUAUUGAAAUUUUAUAGUUUUUCGAGACCUUUCCUCGACAAAAAGCUUUUAUUUCGAAGCUCCAAAACAUUUCCCUCAUUAUUAGCUCGAUUACUUUUUAUUCAAUGUGUUUUUGAUUCAUUUUCCUUCUAUGGAAAUAUUUCACACCCAUUACACACUGAACGGAGACGGUUAGUAAACAGUGAAAUCAGAAAUCGUGAGAUACGACUUUGUAGACUUUUGUGUCUUUGAAUUUUCAUUUUCUUUUUUUUUCCAGGUGGGGUACCGAAGCGCUGUUCAAAGAUGAAGAAACGACGGAAGGCGGCGAAGACGGAAAGAAAGGCGAAGAAAUUGUGUGGGAGGACGACGCCGUCGCUGCUCUUCUGGACAGAACCAAGGACACUGAACCGACUGCGGUCUGAAAACCCAAAACAUGCAAAAUGAAACGAAUAUACUUUCAGGAAGGCGAGAAGAAGCAGGACUGGACCAACGAGUACCUCAGCUCGUUCAAAGUCGCCACCUACACGACCAAGGAGGCCGAUGAUCAGGAAGAAGAGGAGGAGGUCGACAUGGAAGUCAUCAAGGAGGGAGACGGGAAAGAACCCGAUCCGGACUACUGGGAGAAGCUCCUCCGUCAUCACUACGAGCAGGACCAGGAGACGGAGGCCCAGAAGCUCGGCAAGGGCAAGAGAGUCCGGAAGCAGGUCAACUACGCCUCGGAGAACAUGGGCCAGGACUGGAGCAAUCAGCAGGUUGGGCCUUCGGUUUUGAGUGAGAAAAAUACAGCUUUUUGAAUAAAAUUGUUAGGGAGCGCUGUAGUAACAUCAGCAGGAAGUUCAGUAGCACUCUAGGGAUCACUAAAGGGAUGUCAAGGGUUUCUAGUGCUCACUUGAAGGGCCAGAGUCGUUACGACUCCACUAGGUGUUCCUGAGCCAAUUAAAAUCAGCUUUCUGAUUAUUCGUUAUCAGACAGCGCUGUAGCUACAUCAAGUAGGGUGGAGGAAAUUUUUUAGCACUAUAUGGAUCACUAAUGUGAUGUCAAGAGGCCUCUAGUGCACACUCGAAGAGCCAGAGCCUUUAAUCCGGUCAUUUAGAUGGCCUUGAACCUUUUAGGGAUCACUUGAAGUUUGGGAAGUAUUCCUUCCACGCUGAACUGGCAGAAAAUCAUGCUAGUCUUUCAGGAGAUUCUGUUUCUUUAAGUUAUCCCUGAAGUGGCUUUAGAAAUGACACAUGGGAAAACAUGGAAAAAGAAUAUUUUCCGCAAAGAUUCACAAAUUCUCUUUUUAUACUCACUUUGGAGCGUUGUAAUCACUUUUAGCUGAAAAAAAUUCAAUCAUCCCCUUUUAGAACACCAAUGACGACGAUGACGUCUCCUCGUACGGCGAAGGCUCGGACCGUGGCGAAGGCGAACAUUCCGACGACGAUUAUGACGAGAGAAGGCGUCGGAAGGGCGCAGAAACGGAGAAACUCCCGCCGCUCUUGGCCAAGGUCAAUGGCCAGAUCGAAGUCCUCGGCUUCAACCCGAGACAGCGUCGCGCCUUCUACAACGCCGUCAUGCGAUGGGGCAUGCCGCCUCAGGAGUCGUAUCAAUCCCAGUGGCUGGUAAGGGACAUUACAUAGAAGAAUAGCUUUAGAAACAUGAGCCAACUUGAGAGAGUUUGAUCAUUUUUUUUUCAGAUCCGUGACCUCAAAGGCAAAUCGGAACGCGCCUUCAAAGCCUACACCUCGCUCUUCAUGCGGCAUCUGUGUGAACCCGGCGCUGAUUCGGCCGAAUCUUUCAACGACGGCGUUCCCAGAGAAGGCCUGAACCGUCAGAAUGUCCUCAGUCGCAUCGGACUGAUGAGCUUGAUCCGCAAGAAAGUUCAGGUAAAAAUUACCUUCCUGAAGAUCGAAAAAUGGCCGAAAUUCAGGAGUUUGAACAGUUCAACGGCGAAUGGUCGAUGCCGGAGGUCCGAGAUCGACUCGUCGAAGAAGCUGGAGCAAACCCGAACGCGCCGACCACCCUCAGCUCCAAGGCGAACAGCCGCGAAACGAGCGUUAUCGCGAGCGAUGCCGUGGAGACGAAGGACGAGCCGAUGGACGAGUCGACGAUGCAGAGCGAGAGUCAGGACGGUGUGGAGGAGACGAAGGAGGCUUCGGAAAACAAGGAAGAAGCGGCCACUGAAGCAACAGAACCGCCCGGAAAGACCAGCCUGAAGCGACCUCCCUUCAAGUUCAACAUCACUGGUGAGACUCGAAACUACGCGCCAGCGUAUCUCGAAAUUUCCGUAAAACUCUAGAGUCCCCCCUGCGUUCUAAAAAGCCCCCAGCCCCCCAAGCUGAGUUCCGACCUGUGGGGGGUAGGAUUAGAGGAAUAAAAUGAGGGGGAGGGGUGGGUAGAAAUUGAAGGGGCAGGGGAAGAUUUUUGUGUCCUAAAAAAAGGCCCCUCUCAGUACAAAAACGGGGGCCAUUCUGAAGCUUGAGCAAUCUUUCAUAUUUGCCCCCCAAACUACUUUGAAAUAUUCCCCACAUAGCUCAUUCAAACAAGCCCCCACACAGUUCAAAAAGCACCCCUCUCCCAUUUUCAGAAACUCCCCCACCCCAUUUCAGAAUUCCCCCUCUCAUUUCCGGAUAAAAGACCUAUAUUUGAUGUGGGAAGCUAUAUUGGAUAGUUGCUUCCAACGGCUCGUCGGGGUUGGGGGGGUUAUACUGUAAUUUUCCCGAAAUUUCCUAUCGCAAUCCAGAGUUUGAUCCGUUUCCUUCAAUUUUUCAUUCUUGAGUUUAUGUUAUCUUUGUUGAGGUCUGACCAGACGUAAUUUUCCCUUCUUUCAUUCCAAGAAUUUUCCAGACGGCGGAUUCACGGAGCUCCACACGCUGUGGAUGAACGAGGAGAAAGCGGCAGUCCCUGGCAACGAGUUCGAGAUUUGGCACCGACGCCACGACUAUUGGCUCCUCUCCGGCCUCGUUCAGUACGGCUACGGACGGUACCAGGAUCUCCAGAACGAUGCUCGAUACGCCAUCAUCAAUGAGCCUUUCAAGCAGGAGCAGGGCAAGGGCAACUUUGCCGAGAUCAAGAACAAGUUCCUCCAGCGGCGGUUCAAGGUGAAGCUUGGAAUGUUUGAGGAAAAUAUAGAAGUUUGAACUUUGUAUAAUGAAAUUUUAAUGAUAAACCCUGACUAACGGAAGUGGGAAUUUUAUCAGUUUGAGAAAAAUUUUCGCGAUUCGGUUUUUGAGUGAUUUUCUAUACUUCUAAGAGGCGGUAAGCUUGAAAUCUGAGGUUUGGAAGGAAUUCCAGAAUCGUGUCCCACCCGGUUACAGCCCCCCACCUCCGAGCAAGACGCCCACCAUAAAAAAAAUUCGAUUGGGGGCGGGGGGGCUGAAUCUUAUUCUUGAAUCGUCCCUCCCCCACCCAACUUUGCAAUAAGUUUUAGCAAGUCUUGUCCGGAACAGCCUCCCCCUCCCCUCCAACGUUUUAGAAUCGCCCCUCACCUUCACAUUUUAGAAUUGCCCACACAACAUACUAGACCACCGGAUUUUGGUCUAGUAUGUUGUGAAAAUCUAAAAAACUACUGGGAAAUAACAGGCUGUGGGGGUUAUUUCCUAGUGAGGGGGAGGGGGGCAUUUUGGAAUGUUCCCGAGAUUAAGAUCGCUUAUUUCAGAAGUAAGGUAGAAGUUGGAUGUUUGCCAAACUUACAGUUUUAAGCUCUGAAAAACACGGUCUUUUAAAAAUCUCGGAAAAUCAGUCCGAACAGGCUGGUCAAUGUACGCUUCACCGAAAAAGUAAAAUCUAAACUUUUGGAGUCGGUUUUGCUUUCAUGUGUUUGGAAAUACCCAAAGUGGAUAUUUGAAAUUGAGGGAGAUGGAGCGUUUUUGAGGCCCUAUCCUUUUAUCUCCUCUGAUUUUUUUUUAACAUCGAUUUUCCAGCUCCUCGAGCAAGCGAUGGUGAUCGAAGAGCAGCUCCGACGGGCUUCCUACCUCCAGCUCCAAAAUCAGCCCGAUGCUCCUGGAGCCCUCGCUCAACGGUUCGCCGACCUGGAGAACAUCGCCGACGCUCACCUCAACAUUGCCAAGGAGAGCCAGGCCGGAAAUCGCAACGCGAAUGCUGUCCUGCACAAAGGUUUGUCGGAAAAUGACCGCAAAAAGUUGAAAACUUCGUUUUUCAGUGCUCGGACAGCUGGAAGAGCUCCUUUCGGACAUGAAAGCCGACGUUUCUCGGCUCCCGGCGACCCUGAAUCAACUCAGACCGGUCACCCAGCGAUUGAACAUGACCGAGAGACAGUAAGAAGCCUUUCAGAUCCCUAGGCUAAAAGAAAAUUUGUAGGAUUCUGUCGCGUCUCACCACGAAAGAUCCAGAAGCACUGGCUGGACGGUCGCCGAUUCCCCCGCCCGGACCUUUCAUCACGCCUCUCCUGAAUCAGCAGUUCAAUGGAAUCCAGCCCAAAUUCGCGGCUCUUCAUGGCGCUAUUGAGGUGGGCCUUAAGCGAACUGGAAAAAUGAGGAAAUUUCAUUUUGUUGUUAGUCCGUAAAGGUACAGAAAUAGCAGAAAUACUCAUGCCGUGUUCAAAGUGAUUCCGCGAAAUUCAAAAUAGCCGUCAGAGAAAGAGAAAGAUAACUAAAUUUUGGAGGGUCAGAGACCAUUUUGCAUUUCGCGGAAAUUACUUUGAACACGGCAUCAGGAUCUUCAGAGGGGCUUCUAUAGGGGCGACCUGAGGGGCCCUCUAUGAACUCUAUGCGAAGAAGCAUUUUCACGCAAAAAAACUAAAAAAGAAUUUUUUUCGAAUGCGAUCGACCCCUCUAGGGACCACUUAGGCUUCAAAGGCUAGGGGAAUCAGAUUGAUCGACCCCUAUAGGGAUAACCUUGGUUUCACCCCUAUAGGGACCACUUAAGCUGUAGUGGCUAAGGAAUAAGACCCUAAACCCCUAUAGGGGCAAUCUUGAUAUCACCUCUAUAAGGACCACUUUUUCGGCCCCCAUUGAGGCUGUUCCCCUAGAAGCUCAGGAAUUCCAGAGCGGUCCCUAUAGGGGUUAGAGGGAAAACAGACCAGUGGGCAGCCGAAAAAGUGGUCUCUAUAGGGGUUUUUCAAAAGUUGGUUGAAAUUGUACUGAAAGUGAGUGAGUUAGAAAUUUUCAAAAAAAGAUUCUUAUAGAAUUUAUUUCGAGUAGAUCUAACUAUUCAAACAUUGAGAGAUUCUCCAACAAAAAUUUCAGAAGAAGACGGAGGAACCGGAAGAGAAACCGAAAGAAGAAGAAGCCAAGGUCGAGGAAAAGGAAGAAGAAGCUGAGAAGCUGGAAGAUUCGGAGUCGAAAAUGGAGGUCGAUGAAGCUGCUGAGGCUCCGGCUGAACCUGCUCCAGCUCCAACUCCAGCUGAAGAGCCGGCUCCAGUUGAUCUGACCGCCACCGCUGAUGCUUAA